UGUCUGGUGGUAAACGUUCGUCUGCUCCUACUUCCAACCCCCACAUUAUCCGAAUCCACACACCACAGCCCCUGGACUUCAAUUUUAACACCGCCUCUCGCACCGUGCGUGUCAACUGUCAGGGACGCAGACGCAGACCGCAGACGCAGACCGCAAAAUUGAAGCGCGAAGCUGAGAAAUGUCACUAGCACCUUCGCUCCCUCGUUUCCACUCUCCCUUUCUUCGUCGCCCUCUCAAGCUCUCUUCCACCACUUCUUUUCUCCCCUACAGACCCGCGAGCAGAAAUCAACGCUCCCCAGCGUCUUAUCCAUGCAUUCGAGCUCUUGAUCUCGAUCAAAACACGGUAGUGGCAAUAUCGGUUGGGCUUGUGAGCGUUGCAGUUGGGAUAGGCAUUCCAGUCUUCUAUGAAACCCAAAUUGAUAAUGCUGCACAGCGAGAAAACACUCAGCCAUGCUUCCCCUGCAGUGGCACCGGCGCGCAGAAAUGCAGAUUUUGCACAGGAACUGGCUCAGUGACAGUAGUGCUUGGUGGGGAUGAGAAGGAAGUCUCUCGAUGCAUCAAUUGCGAUGGCGUCGGCUCAUUGACAUGUACCACAUGUCAGGGCAGUGGUAUACAACCUCGAUACCUCGAUCGCAGGGAAUUCAAAGAUGAUGACUGAGCCACAGGAAGAUAUAGCAGUGAUUUUGAUUUCAAUACACUGCCUAGAUAACUUAUUACUCGAGGAAUUGGAAGAAAUCAGCAUUUCCUUACUCUUAUUUGUAUCCACCUCUUAUACAUUAUGCCAAAUUGUUCUCCA